AUGACCCCAAGUUCCCGUGGGAACCAUACUCACUCCCACCCUAGCCGAGGAGAACAGCAGGCCAAUCGGGAUGGCGUGCACAGGGCCGAAGCGGGGUGUCUCCGAGUCCUGCCGCCCCCUGCGUUGCUUUGCGGGUUCUGAUGCUGCUUCUUGGCCGCGGCCGCCCGCGCCGGCUUCUCGGGGGAUCGCUGCAGCUGGAGAGGCAGCGGUCUCACCCAGGAGCCCAGCAGCGUGGGGCGGCUGGCCCUGGCCUGUGCAGAGGGCGGGAUUGAGUGGCUAUACCCUGUUGGUGCGCUGCGCUUGACCCUGAGCAGCUCUGACUGUAGGGCGCGGCUCCGCAUCGCCUGCUUGCGGCCAGUGCGGCCCUUUGCUGGCGUCCAGGACUUCGCUGAGAGGGCAGGCGGCGUCCUGGAGCUGCUGCUGGCUGAGGGCCCGGGCCCAGCCGGGGGUCGAUGCGUGCACUGGGGUCCCCGCGAGCGCCAGGACCUCUUCCUGAAGGCCACCCUGCACCGUGACAUCAGCCGCCCUGUGGCCUCCUUCCGCUUCGAGCUGCGAGAUGACGGGAGUCCAGAGCUGCCUCCGCAGGCCCACGGUCUGGGUGAGGAUGGUGCCUGCAGGCCCUGCAGCAAUGCGGAGUUCCUGCUGGCCUUGUGCACAGUGACUUGGGUGAGAGCACCAGCCACGCCAAUGAUCCAUGGGACCAUCCACGGGGUUGCCCACGACACAGAGCUGCAGGAGACUGUCAUCACCGUGGCAGCUGCCUGUGUCCUCAACCAGACACUGCCACUGUUCCAGGUGAAGGGCCCUGGGGGCCUGGUGCAGGCCUCCCUUCGAACCCCGCUGCGCUGCAGUGUCUGCCCUGGUCCUGGCACUUUCUUCUUCAUGUGCUGGAGCCAUUUCGGUGAGGCCUGGCUUGGCUGUGCUCCCCGCAUCCAGGAAUUCAGCCGUGCCUAUGCAGCUGCUCAUGCCAACCACCUCUACCCCUUCGAGGUGGCGCUGGACUGA